UGUUAAUGUUUUUUUCUAUAUCCACUGUUACUGCUUCAUGAUCUGCAUUAAACAACCAACAGCUUAAGUUCUUUAUGACUUCUAUACUCAAGGCACUGAACAAUAUUCUUUUUUCAGCUUUCUCUGAAGUAUGACUUGUGCACAAGUCUAGACCUGUAGACGAGGAUACAAAGGAAUUGCUGGCGUAAGUUUUCAUUUGAGAAAAUAUCAGUUGGCAGCUUACAAUGGCUGGAAAUCAGCAGCCCGCUUCAGUUGUGUUGAAUGAUGCAGCAGUCCUCGACGCCAAACCAUUGCGCACAUUGACCCCCAUGUUCCCUGCACCGCUUGGGAUGCACACUUUUACCAUAAAAGGCUCACCUCCAGUUGUCUGUGUCACCCCAUUUAGACCAUAUGCUGGAGGUACCGAACUGGGAGUGCCUGGUGAUGUUCUGCCAACCUCUGCAGCACUGUCCGCUCCUGCUGAUCCCAACCCGGUGCAACCAUAUAUGGUUCAUAUGAAUGGAGCGGCUAAUGCUAAUGGUACUUCAAACAACACAAUGGUCUCCCCGGUGUUGCAAACUCCUCCAGCAGUCAGUACACAGGAAUCUGGUAAGAAGAAGAGGGGGACGCCCAGGCGUGUGCAAGAUACUACUGUUCCUACGGCUCCUGCAGUUCAUUUGGUUCCUAUGGCUCCUCCAGUUCAUUUGGUUCCUUCAGUUCCUUCCGCUCCCCCAGAAGGUAAUAAUACUGUUCUCCAGACACCCCCUUCAGCCGUCACACAGGAAUCUGGUAAGAAGAAGAGGGGACGACCCAGGCGUGUGCCAGAUGUUUCUGUCGUACCAACUCCUUCAGUGCCUAUAGUAGACGGCGAGCCUAUUUUUCAGACACCUCCUGCAUCUAGCGUACAUGAAUCUGUUACAAAGAUAAGGGGGCGGCCCAAGCUUGUGCAGGAUAGUUCAGAUACUUUAACUCCUCCAGUUCAUUCAAAAGAGAGUGAGCCCCUUAUGCAGACUCCGUCUGCAGUCACCUUAUUGGAGGAUGGUAAGAGGAAGAGAGGGCAGCCGAAGCGUGUGCCUGAUAGUUCAGUGACUCCUUCAAGUCAUUCUGAAGAUGUUGACAGUGGGGACACAUCAAAACGUGGACGGCCCAGGAAAAUUGACACAAGCCUGCUGCACCUGCCAUCUUUGUCUUCAGAUGAUCCCAGGGAAUAUGCAGAUAAUGUACUUUUUAUGUUUGAUGCACUGCGGCGACGGCUCAUUCAGCUGGAUGAGGCGAAGCAAGUAGCGAAGCAGCAGCAUAACUUGAAGGCUGGGAGUAUCAUGAUGAACGCUGAACUUCGCGUCAAUAAGAGCAAGAAGAUUGGAGAGGUUCCAGGUGUUGAGGUUGGUGACAUGUUCUACUUCAGAAUCGAGAUGUGCCUGGUAGGGUUAAAUAGUCAGAGCAUGGCAGGGAUAGACUACAUGUCUGCUAAGUUUGGUAAGGAGGAGGACCCUGUGGCCAUUAGCGUUGUGGCAGCUGGUGUGUAUGAAAAUACCGAAGAUGAUCCAGAUGUUCUGGUUUACACUGGACAUGGCAUGUCUGGUAAGGAUGACCAAAAGCUUGAGAGAGGUAAUCUUGCACUGGAGAGGAGUUUGUAUAGAGGUAAUCCCAUUAGAGUUGUUCGCACUGUGAGAGACUUGACUUGUUCAACUGGUAAGAUAUACAUAUAUGAUGGCCUUUACAAGAUCAGAGAGGCCUGGGUGGAGAAAGGGAAAUCUGGGUUCAAUGUGUUUAAACACAAGUUGCUGAGAGAACCUGGACAACCUGAUGGCAUUGCAGUUUGGAAGAAGACUGAAAAAUGGAGGGAAAAUCCAUCCUCUAGAGAUCGUGUUAUAUUGAACGACAUAUCAUACGGUGUGGAAAGUAAACCUGUCUGCCUUGUAAAUGAGGUCGAUGACGAGAAAGGCCCUAGCCACUUCAUCUAUACAACUAAACUUAACUACAUGAAUUCCCUGAGCUCAAUGAGAAAGAUGCAAGGCUGCAAAUGCAUAAGCGUGUGCCUACCUGGUGAUAACGACUGUUCUUGUACGCAUCAAAAUGCUGGUGACCUUCCUUACAGUGCUUCAGGCACACUUGUUAGUCGGAUGCCUAUGUUAUAUGAGUGCAAUGAUUCAUGCACUUGUGUACAUGAUUGCCGGAACCGGGUUGUACAACAAGGUAUCCAAAUCCACUUUGAAGUGUUUAAGACGGGAGAUCGAGGUUGGGGCCUCCGUAGUUGGGAUCCUAUCCGAGCAGGCACAUUUAUCUGUGAAUAUGCAGGUUAAAUUAUUGACAAGAACGCUGUUGAUGCAGAAGACGAUUACAUCUUUGAGACCCCUCCCUCGGAGCAGCACGUAAGAUGGAACUAUGCACUAGAAGUACUGGGCGAAUCUAGUCCUUCCGACUUAAAAGAACCAUCUAAGCAGCUGCCAAUAGUUAUUAGUGCAAAACGGACUGGCAACAUAGCUCGCUUUAUGAACCACAGCUGCUCACCUAAUGUUUUCUGGCAACCAGUUCUAUAUGAUCAUGGUGAUGAGGGAUAUCCACACAUCGCAUUCUUUGCACUUAAGCACAUUCCUCCAAUGACAGAGCUUACAUAUGAUUAUGGUCAGAGCCAAGGUAAUGUUCAGCUGGGAAGUAAUUCUGGGUGUCGGAGGUCUAAGAAUUGCUUAUGUUGGUCUCGCAAGUGCAGAGCUUCCUUUGGCUAAAUAAUCAACCCGUAAGGGAUAAUUUGCCAGUUGAAGAAGCAGCGGAACGUUUGUGGCAUCAUGAAGCAGCAGCAUACAUGUGGUGUUGCAGCCACAGCUGAAACAACUUUGCCCCUCUUCAUAGUUAGAAUAAGGCGUACUCUAGAGUACAUGUUGCACAAAGGACUGGUAGAUGUUCCAAUAAGGGCAAACUAUGUUGCUAUGGUCUUCGUACUGUAGUUCUCUGCUCCUGUCUGAGACCAUCCAGUGGAACUUUAUGUAUAUAUGGUUGCAAAGAUCUGUACAGGGUCUUGCGAGGCUGUUGUGAAUCUGUUGUUUUCCUGUUGUAAUGAUCCUAGUGGAUCAGUUUGUCCUGUAAUUGCCAUGUCGAGUGAAUAAUGAAGGCAGCGGAUCAAUCCGGCUUGGUGAA